GCACACACACUGGAAAACAUUCCCGUCCCUCCCCGCGGUCCGAGAUAGGAACGACAUCUACCCUGUGGCCGAUGACGUAGCGAUGAGGACUGUGUGCGCGAGACCGCCGUCGCACUGGGAGUGGGGGAACGGGAGAAGGAGCGAGCGACGGGUAAACGAGAGAGAAACAACAGAAAGGGGAAAAGAGGAAAAAAACGAAGCAAGCUGACCAGCACAAGCGGGUUUGCCGUGGCUUGCUGGUCGGACUCAGUGGAGCGUUGUCUUUCUAUAUCGGGUCGUUUGCUUCCGUUCUCUUGUGUCUUAUUUUUAUCGUACUGAUUCCAGUCCUCUGCACCCCGCUCUGGUGGGUUAAUGCGUGGAGGAACAGGAGCCAACGACACGCUGGGGCUACUGCCGUGGACCCGUUUUAAAUUACUUUGUUAUUGUUAGCUUGCUAGCUGGCUACACAUACUCGCAAGCAAAAAAAAACAAACAAAAAAAAAACAACGGUGGAGUCUAGGGCCUGGUUUUAGUGUCAAAGAAAAGCAUAGGGGGGCUAAAAUAGCGAGAGUUUUAGCAAGCUAUUAUUUUAAACGCUGUUGGCGCAUUUGUUAGAAAUUCGAUCGGGCUUCCCCCUAGCUUGCAAGUUUACAAGCUUAACAUUUCUUGUUACAGCAUAGUUUGAAGUAACGUUACAUUUGCUGUAGUAGGUAGGCUACAUUACCGUAAGGCAUCCAUUCAGUUCAGUUGUAGCUGACAAGUACACUGUUUUUAAAUAUAUUGGUUAAGGUUAGCUAGUCUUCAUACAUGUAGUGAGCGUCUGAUCACAGUGGUUCAUUAUAAAAUAAAAAAAUAAGCGUUCUCGUAUUGGCUAUUAGCCUAUGUGACCAUUUUAUUUGUCAGUGAACGAUGUAUUGAUGCCCGUUGUUUACAUCUCAGCUUUUGAAAACAAUGCACUCGUGUGACAAGCCACUUUGAACCACCGCGGUUUGGCGUCUGGAUGUAGUAAAAUUUACACUUGUCGUUGUUGUUUUCUUUGAUUUUUGUUUGGUUUGUAAUUUUUCCACGAGAGCCUCGGAUUUCAGAUUUCAUCCAUCCACAAAGACACGCGAGCGAGCCGCUUUGUACUCGCUGCCCGUUCAGCUAGCUAGCAAGCUAGUGCGUGUUUUCGCUGACAUUAUAUCUUGGGGCAGAUAUUAAUUGAAACAGUCUAACGUUUCCCUGUGGAGGUUUUGCGUGCAGGAUUCCCCUCUAACUAUCGAACCGACUCUUGGUUUUAUUUUGUGGCGGGGGCCGAGGUGGGGGUUUUUAUCAUUCUUUUUUAUUUUUAUUUUUUGUAUUCAAUUUUAUUUCUCCUACCCAUUGUAGCUAGCUAAUUGUUAAAACUCGGUUGCUCGCGAAGACGGCGAGGUUCUUCCUGAAACUAUGGAUGAUCAGACCCGUAUGAUGACGGGUCUCGUCGGAAUCGGCGGACUAACCCAAGCCGAUGUGGGCGACCCAGAUUCGGUUCGGAAACAGCAGUCUCUCGGCCAGCCCCAGCAAGACAUUGGGGAUAUUCUUCAACAGAUCAUGGCUAUUACGGACGAGAGCCUCGACGAAGCGCAGGCCAGAUGCUGGCCAGAGGAGGCGCCGGCACGCUGGGCCGGAGCUGACGAGCCUGCAGAGGGAGGGGGCGCAGGGGGGGGCUCAGAGGGGGCCCUGCCGCUCAACUUCCAGUACAGGAAGCACGCCCUGAACUGCCACAGAAUGAAGCCUGCCCUCUUCAGCGUCCUGUGCGAGAUCAAGGAGAAAACAGUGCUCAGUAUUCGGGGGGUACAGGAGGAGGACCCCCCCGACCCCCAGAUCAUGCGGCUGGACAACAUGCUGCUGGCGGAGGGCGUGUCCGGGCCGGAGAAGGGCGGGGGCUCGGCGGCGGCGGCAGCGGCGGCGGCGGCAGCCGGGGGGUCGCCGAACGACGGCAGCAUCGAGCACUCGGACUACCGAGCGAAGCUGGCCCAGAUCCGGCAGAUAUACCACUCCGAGCUGGAGAAAUACGAGCAGGCGUGCAGUGAGUUCACUAACCAUGUGAUGAACCUGCUGAGGGAGCAGUCUCGAACCCGGCCCAUCUCGCCCAAGGAGAUCGAGCGCAUGGUGGCCAUCAUCCACCGCAAGUUCAGCUCCAUACAGAUGCAGCUCAAACAGAGCACCUGCGAGGCCGUCAUGAUCCUGCGCUCACGCUUCCUCGACGCCAGACGCAAGAGGCGCAACUUCAACAAGCAGGCGACAGAGGUGCUGAAUGAGUACUUCUACUCCCACCUGUCCAACCCCUACCCCAGUGAGGAGGCCAAGGAAGAGCUCGCCAAGAAGUGCGCCAUCACCGUCUCUCAGGUCUCGAACUGGUUCGGCAACAAGAGAAUCCGCUACAAGAAGAACAUUGGUAAGUUCCAGGAGGAGGCCAACCUGUACGCAGUUAAAACUGCAGUGGACGCAGCCAGCGUUUCGGCCCAGGCAAGCCAGGCCAGCUCUCCGGCCACGCCCAACUCAGGCGGAUACCCUGCUCCCUGCUACACACCUGACGGCCGGUUAUGAGGAGCUGCCAGAGAGAGACCUGCACCCCCACACUGCCUGGAUUUGCAGGACAGCACCAACCCCUCCCCCUCAUUCCCAGCAGCCCCCACUCUGACAUGAGCAUAUACUCCAUUCCGCUGCCCCUCACACUCUGACCCUCGCCACUGACAGACGCGCACACCGUCAGCCAACCCCCUGGCAUUCUGGCCUGGACAGCAAGCAGGAAGUCCCUCCCUCUCCCUACUGCAGGAGGCGGGUUAAAGAGGCGGAGGGGGCGGAGCAACACUACACCUCAAACGUCUGCGAGGAGCUCCUGUUUUUCUCUCCACUGUUUACACUCUGUACUUCCUGUGCUGUGUUCCUGCUCCAGGCUCAGAGUGAGUGUGUGUGUUUGUGUGUGUGCGUGCGUGUGUGUAGAGUGUGUGUGUGCGUUUGUGUGGUGUGAGUGUGUGUGUGUGUGUGUGUGUUUAUGCGUGAGAUCAUGUAUGUGGGCUUGCAUAAUUGCACCCAUGUUCACAACCAAAAAAAUCUUUUUGGAUGUCUAUUCUGUUUUCCAGCUGAUGCUGUGCUGUCGCGCACACACAAGCACGCACACGCACUCCAAAACAGUACUGGUCAGUGUGGUGAUGCACAUCAUUUCCGCUGUGAUGUGACUCUGGUCUCGCUGUUACCAUGGAGACCAUUUAGUCCUCCCCUUGUAUCAGAGAAGGAGAGAGAGAAAGAGAGAGAGAGAGAUAGAGAGAGGGAAGGAAGGGAGAGACACAGAGAGCUCUAAUAAACACAGGAUGAUGUAUUCUCACUACAGCAUGCGUUUAUGUUCCUUCAGUUUCCAUUUUGCACUCCGCUUGACGUUUCUUAGGGUUUUUCUUUAAUCUUGUUGGCUCAGGCUCACAUUUAGACGCACACAUACAGAUACUACAGAUAGGCGUACUCUCUUUCACACACAUGCGCAAAGGCAAUUAUCCAUUCAUUCUGUGUUUUUAGUGUGUGUGUGUGUGUGUCAUUGUGUGUUGGCCUGUGUGUGUCAUGUUG